AUGGCUAUGGUGGACGAUGCGUCUAAUCUUGUCACACUCUCACUUCUCCACUCGAAAGAUGGAGCGCCCAAGGCUUUUCGCGAGUUCCAUAAGCUUGCUGAGGACCAGACAGGCCAGCGCUUGGUACACUUGCGAGACGAUAAAGGCGGCGAGUUCAGUGGAAAAGAGUUUGACCAAUACUGCAUCUCUGCUGGGAUUACAAGGGAAUGCACCAUAGUUGCCACACCAGAGCAGAAUGGAUGGGUCGAGCAAGCGAACCGAUGGAUAGCUGAAGGGACAAUCGCUAAACUUACAGAAGCGAAUCUUCCGCCAUCGUUUUGGGGUUUUGCUGCACUUGCCACUGUCCAUGAGUUCAAUCGUGCCCAAGUUCACAAUGGAAAGACACCAUAUGAACAUCCUGUAGUACUUGACCGUUCUCGUAUCAGAAGAGUAGACUUGUACUCCCUUGUAACCGUCCUCAAUAUACACGCGUUACACAGGUUCUUUUCGUCUAAAGUCGACUUUAUUCAUCGUUCCUCGAAUACAAAGUCUCGACUCGACGUUCACAACGUCUUCACUCUCACCAAAAACCUUACAGAACACUGGCAUGGUAAAGCUCCCAGUGUUAAUCACCUUCGAGUAUUUGGAUGCCUUGCCUAUGUCUUUGUCCCUAAAUCACAGCGGAAUGCUCUCGAUUCGCACACUGAGAAGUGCAUCUUUGUCGGGUACCCAUCCGACCGCCCUGGCUUGGUGUUCUGGAACCUGCAGACACGCAAGAAUAUACACAGCGGCAGCGCUGUAUUCGAUGAGAGAAUCUUUCCGGGCACUUCGUUUGCAAAGGAACCGACCCCGAACCUCUCUGACUACAUCCAGCUGCCAGAUCUCGAGGAAAUCAACACCUCUUCAUCAUACAUUCCACCUCCAGGCACUCAUCCUCCUGUCCACGUUGCAGGGCGACCUGUACCAGCACCUAUUCCCCACGAGCCUGUCCCUCCACCAGCACCAGCGCCUGCGCAGCCUAAACCCACAGCUCCCCAGCGUCUGAGUCGUGAACUUCGAGCACUCACUGACCAGACCAAUUUUGAGAAGGUUCCUAGGAACCUCCCGGCACGACGACACACAAUUGCGCGUCAGCCAGGCACUUUGACUGAAUCCGACUCGGAUCUCGAACUAAAUGAGAGCUCCGACGAAGAUAAUGCCCAAUUAGCUGCUGAAGACGCAUCUGUAAGCUGCUUAAACACAUCUACAAGCCGCGAGCCAACAACACUGGGAGAGUCCCUGAAACGCCCUGACGGCGACAAUUAUGUCCAAGCGGCUAUAGAAGAGGUCAGAGCUCAUCUGGAAAACGGCACGUGGAAGCUUGUGCGACUCCCACAAGGCAAAAAGGCUAUCGGCUCACGUUGGGUAUUCAAAAUCAAGCGUGAUGCCGACGGGUCUAUUAGCAAAUACAAGGGACGAAUUGUGGCAAAGGGAUAUGCGCAACGAGAGGGAAUCGACUACACAGAGACCUUUGCACAAACAGCUCGCUUUGGUGCCCUUCGCACCAUCACAGCACUCGCAGCGCUCGAAGACUGGGAACUAGAGUCAGUAGACAUAUCAACCGCCUUCCUCAAUGGUGAGAUUGAUGCAAAGGUCUACAUGCAAAAGCUAGAAGGUGUCGAGUUUGAGGGCUAUGAAGGCACGAGCUGGGUGCUUCAACUUCAAGGGCCUCUAUGGAAUCAAACAAGGCUCGCAUCUGCGAUCACAGUGUCUUCAUCUAUGAACGCGACAGUUCAUCCGAAGCCAUUCAAAUGGAAGGAUGAGCUCAAAGCACGCUUCAAGAUCCAUGACCAAGGCCCUACCUCAUUCCUACUUGGUGUCAAGCUUGAGCGAUCGCCAAUCCCAUACCAUCUCCUCUCUCAACCUGCGUACAUUGAACAGAUUCUUGAAACCUACAAAAUGCAGGACUGUAAUGGCGCUGACACGCCUAUGGCUGAAAGCCACCUUCCUCAACCAAGGAUUCACCACAAACUGAGCAGAAGUUGGAAAUGCAGAAUUUACCCUAUCGAGAGGCCCUUGGAAAGCUCAUUUACCUCGCCACUGCCACUCGACCAGACAUCUCAUAUGCUGUGGGUGCUCUCUCUCAAACGGAUACUGCGGUAUCUCCGCAAAACAACAAACUACAAGCUCACCUACGGCCUCAAACCUGACUCUGACGAACUGUUCACGACGCAAAGCGAUGCCGAUCUGGGUGGAAACGCCAAUAAUACCCGCUCAACAGCCGGUUUUGUCAUGUCAAUUGGUGGUGGCGCUGUAAUGUGGAGUAGCCGACUCCAGCGCCACACAUCACUAUCAUCAACGGAGAUCUGGAUGUGGUCAUUCCUCGAUGAAAUUGGCUACGACAUUGCGUCCUAUCCAUCCACCCUAUUUGUUGACAAUGCCUCUGCCAUCCAAGUUGCCAAGAACCCAGAACGUCAGUCCACCAUGAAGCAUGUUCACCGUAGCUUCAACUGGAUUCGCGAGAGGGUUGCCAAUAAUGAAAUCCGCGUUGCUCAUGUCCCUGGAGCUGUCAAUGUUGCCGACAUCUUCACCAAACCACUAGGCCGCAUCAAGUUCGAACAGUUUGUCAAAAUGCUUGGUCUGAUUCCUCAUCCACAUGCUCGUACUCAGUCCAUGCGCUAA